UAAAAACACAUUACAACACUGCAUUCGCCAGCGAUUGGUCAAGAAUGCCUCGGAAACGAAGAUGUUCAGUGAUGCAGAAGAAGAAAUACCACUACAAAAAGGUCAAGAGUGAGGAAUCGCCAACCAACGAAGAUGGUGUAUGCUUAGAGACAAAAGAUUCCUCCUGUUUAGAUUCAUCACAGCUAGAUCACAGUUAUGGUGUUUCGGAUCCAGAGGAAGUCUCGGUCGUAAAUUCUACUCAUCUUGACCAUAGUUAUGAAUGUUCAGACCCAGAAGAAUUCUGCAGGACAAGUACUUCACAUCAUGUCAUCAGUGAUGGAUGCCAAGACCUAAAGAAGAUUCCCCACUCAGAUUUCUUACCACUUGGAGAUGGUGAUAGUGAACUAAACAUUGACAGUGAUUCAAACGGUCAAGAAUCAGUUGUUCAUAAUGACAUUCCUUUGGGACAGCGGGUGGAAGUAGAGACAGUGGAGAUUACAGAUCCGUACCUGAAACUCCAAUCAGAUUUACUUGGAAAAGUGACUUUUCCGUUCAUACUUGACUGUAAUGGCCCUAGUUCUUUGAUUGAAAUUAUUCAGCUCUCUCGCAGUGAAAAUAGGACAUCUGUGAAACUUUCUUUAGUGAUUGGACGAGACUUUAAAGUUAGUUUGUUUGUGCAUCGUGUGUUGAUCCCAGAAAAUCAUGAGUUUUGGACUGAACUUUCUAGUAGUGUUAAGAAUGUUGAUGAUGUCUGCAAAAUAUUGGACAAACUUAUGCCGUAUGGAGUGUGUGUGGGAAAUCCAGACCAAGAAUUUCAAGAAUUGACCCCUGAUGGAUGUGGACUUUUCAGUGCAGCCUCAUCACAAGAAUUAACUGCAUGCCGUGAGGGACACUUUUGUGCAGUGCAAGGAAAUUUAUCAUUUUCUUCAACAAUAAGAAAUGUUCAGUGUACCAUGCUUGUCUUAGGAGCUAGAUGUCCCCACUGUUCCAGUACACGACGACACUUGCGAGCCAGAAAAAGCCGACUUGAGAAGAUGGCCUUGAGGACUCUGCCAUUAAGCAGUACCUACAAACACUCUGACAUGACAAAGGACAUGCUCAUAAAGAAAAUAAAUCAGCAAACUGCCAAAAUCAAAACUUUGCAACAAAAACUUGACAAGAUGAGAAGAGACUGUGAUCGAGAGAUUAGAAAGAAUCCCAUUCAAAAUGAGGAGAUAAAGGACUUGAUGGCCACUUGUGAAAAAGAUAUAGAUACAGUUUAUUCAUAUUGCAGUUCCUCUCAAAACUUGUUCUGGAAGCAGCAAAUGAAAGCCAUUAAGAGUGGAAAAAAUGGAAUGCGGUGGGAUCCAACUAUGAUAAGAUGGUGUUUGAAUAUACGACAAAAAUCUUCAGCAGCCUAUGAUGCUCUCAGGGACUCUGGCUUUAUCGAAUUACCCAGCUCAAGAACUCUCUUUGCCUAUUCACAUAAGUGAUGUUAAAAAAAAUGUCCAGAAAAAACUGUUCAACUCCUGACAAACUUGUCACAAUUUGGCAAAUCAUCACAGCACUAUCCCCGAAAAGAUGAUGAAUCGGAUUAUUGGCAACAAGUUCAAUUGUUGAUCUGAAGGCAGCUGUGAAAACUGUUGUGAUGCUGCUGUGGAUUUCACUCAGCUCUUUUACCGUGGUGUUCUGGGCUGCAUCACUCCUCACUUUGUGCAUAAGGGCUGAAAAAAAGUAAAGGACCAUUACUUAAAAAUGAAAACAAUAACAUUUGUAACAGAGUACCGUAUUUAGUUCUCUGUAUAUAAAAAUCUUUGAAAUAAAAAAUGAGAUGAAAUUGUUCAACUAAAGAUUUAUACCAUUCUACAAUUACAUAAUGUAGUCUAAUGAUAUACAACAAUGACUUUUACAAUAGAUAUACCUUUCAAAUUUGGCUGGUCGUGCUGUUUUGAUGUAUGGCCUCUGAAACCAGCAAUUAUUUUUAUGGCCUUGCUGCAUACUGGGCACUUGAAACCUGGACCCUGGUCAUCCUUUGCCUUUUUCUUUGGGGUCUCGGCAUCAUCCUCUGUGUAAUCUCCAAGCAAAGCAUCCAAAUUUAUACCAUCAUCCCAAGAGAGAAAAUCUGACUUCGACAUGGUGAUAGUACAUGUUGAAAUGAAUAUAACAUCAGUAUAGAUGUGAUUCACCUGUUUUGGAAGCUAAUUAAGAAAUUAUUGUUUCUCAUUAUAAAAAAUUAGUACAAACUAUACACCCUUGCCAGUUGCUUGGCCGUCCAAUCUUCAAAGAGCCGAUAUAUUUGCUGUUUGUACAACAUCCUGACCGACCGGGAAAAUACUAAAGACCUAAAAUACUAUUCGCAUAAAAGACCUGAAAUUUAAUAUGUUAAUGAUAUUUUUCUAAGAUUUUGGUCAUACUUUAUUGGUUUUUUAAUUAUAUUUCCAGGUAAAUAUUUGUUAAAAUAUGUAAUACCGAUCAGUUAUUUAUGCAGGAAUACAAAAUACAUGUACCUGAAAAUUUGAGCUGACCUGAAAUUUUAUAUAAUGAAUACAUUUCUAUGUUCUGCAUCAAUUUUAAUGUUUAUUUGUGAGUUUUUUUAAAAUAAUGUUUCCAGGUAUAUAUGUGUUACUUACAGUGUAUCAUACUGAUCAGUUAUUUACGCGGGAAUACAAGAGACUUGAAAAUUUUAAUUGACCUGAAAUUUUAUAUAAUUGAUACAUUUCUAUGUUAUGCACCAAUUUCAAUGUCUAUUUGUGAGUUUUUAAUCACAUUUCCAGGUACAUAUGUGUUGAAAUACAUGUAUACCAUUAAAAAGCAUUAUUAUCGGUUAUUUACGCAGAAGUGUGAAAGACUUAAAUAUAAAAUUGGAGUUGACCUAAAAUUUCAGAUAACCUGAAAUUCUUAUACAUAAAAUACAUUGUUCUGAGUCAAAUACUCCGUCGUGAAAUAUGUUGAAACAAAACCAAACAUGAAAUAACACUAUUAUAAAUUGUUACGCAGAAAUAAGAAACAUGAACACACA